AUGGCAAAUUUACCGUCAGCUAGAGUGAAUACUGGAAGAGCCUUUUUGAAAUGUGGUACAGAUUUCGCUGGACCGUUUCUUGUUACCCCUCGUCGUGGAAGAGGAGUUAAAGCGUUAAAAAUGUACGUGUGCAUAUUUGUGUGUUUUAUUGUUAAGGCCGUGCAUCUUGAAAUAGUAAGCGACCUAAGUACUGAAGCGUGCCUUUCAGCUUUGAAGAGAUUCAUCGCUCGCAGAGGAAAACCUCUGGAAAUAUACAGUGACUGUGGAACCAACUACAUCGGUGCGAAAAAUUAUUGGAAAGCGUGUUCAAGAGAUCUUGGUCAAUAUCUAGCCGAUGAAGGUGUGUCGUGGAAGCUGAACAUUCCAUCAGCUCCCCAUUAUGGUGGCCUCUGGGAAGCCGCAGUAAAAGCGAUGAAAUUUCACUUGCGAAGAGUAAUGAAAUCACAGAUACUAACUGUUGAGGAGUUUUCUACUGUCUUAGCUGAAGUAGAAGCAGCGCUGAAUUCCAGACCACUUGUUUCUGCAUCAGAUUGUGCUGAUGACUAUUGUGUUCUAACACCUGGUCAUUUUCUCAUUGGCUCGGAGUUAAAGAGCGUACCUGAGCCUGAUGUUACCAAUGAGAAAAUUAGCAUUGGUGAAAGAUAUAAACUAACAUCACAAAUUUCACAAUCCUUCUGGAAAGCAUGGUCGAAGGACUAUUUAACGCAGUUGCAAGUGCGCAACAAAUGGAAAACCCCAUGCGUGGAUUUGUGCUGCAAUGACAUAGUGUUAAUCAAGGACGAGAAUUCGCCACCCCUCAAAUGGAGGAUGGCAAGAGUAACUGAAACUAUUGACAGCAGUGACAGCAGAGUACGUGCUGUAACUUUAAAAACAUCGACAGGUGAAUUGAGAAGACCAAUUCACAAAUUGGUUAAACUUCCUAUUGAACAUAAAUGA